GAACGCUCCGUGUACUCUGUCACCAGUUGCAGACAGCGGAUGAUGAUGGUGAAGGCUUCAUGUAGUAUGCGGUCUACAUUAAGCAAAUAAGUGCUUUGUAUGUGCAGUUAGCAAAUGAACCAAUACCAGCUACAUAACACUGGUCUACACAGCAAGCUAAUGUCAACUAAUGGGGUAUAACAAGAGUUAGCACAGAAAACAACCGGUCCUGUCAAACUUUGCUAAGCAACAAUCUGUCAGCUAUGGAUGAUAGGCUGGGGUGCAGAUUCAGUUUGAGGAUGACCUCUCUGCAGUAGCUGUCUGUGCUGGACAGCUGAUCCUGGCAGCCCUACAUGGCGUGCCCUGUCCAGUUCCUCUGCCGGGGGCUUCGCACUGUUGGAUUAGUUCUUCUCUACUAUGUCUUCUCUAUAGGCAUCACCUUCUACAACAAAUGGCUGAUGAAGGGAUUCCACUAUCCCCUCUUCAUGACGUUAGUUCACCUCACCAUCAACUUCUGCCUGUCAGCUCUGACGCGAGUGGCCAUGCAGUGGUGGACAGGGAAACCCCGCAUUGUUCUGAGCUGGACAGAUUACCGCCUUAAAGUGGCUCCCACUGCCUUGGCCACAGCACUGGAUAUUGGACUCUCCAACUGGAGCUUCCUCUUCAUCACUAUUAGUCUGUACACCAUGACCAAGUCCUCAGCAGUGCUCUUCAUCCUCUUUUUCUCCCUGGUGUUUAAGCUAGAGGAGAUGAACCCAUUCCUGAUCCUGGUGGUCCUGCUGAUCUCCAGUGGUCUGUUUAUGUCUACGUUUCAGUCGACCCAGUUCAACCUGGAGGGAUUCAUCAUGGUGCUGCUGGCUUCCUUCAUAGGGGGAAUUCGCUGGACUCUUACUCAGGUCCUCAUGCAGAAAGCAGAGCUGGGUCUUCAGAACCCAGUAGAUGCCAUAUACCACCUACAACCUCUCAUGUUCCUCGGCCUCUUUCCCCUCUUCCUGUAUAACGAAGGGCUGAGCCUCUGUACUUCAGAAAAGUUGUUCCGGGUGACGGAGCUUUCACCUCUCCUUUAUUCACUCUUUACACUGAGUAUUGGUGGCUCUUUAGCCUUUGGCUUAGGCUUCUCAGAGUUCCUGCUAGUCUCUCGCACCUCCAGCCUCACUCUAUCCAUUGCAGGGAUUUUUAAGGAGGUGUGUACUCUGAUUUUGGCAGCAGCUCUGAUUGGAGACCAAAUGAGCAUGCUUAACUGGCUUGGAUUUGCUGUGUGUCUGUGUGGCAUUUCAUUGCAUGUGGGACUCAAGACACAUUCAAAAAAUAAGGUCCCGUCUUUAAGGCAGCUCAACAGUAAGAGCCCAGAGCUUGAGUUGCCAUUACUGCAGCAGAAGAGAGAUGGAGCAGAGGAUUCAGCUGCUGAUGAAUAUAAUGACGAAGAGGAAGAAAUCACUCUGCACUGACAUUACAGGAAAUGGGCCGAUUAAGUCUUGACUGUGGUCAUACUGUUCAUUCCUUUACAACUCUUCCAUCAGAGGGUUUGAACAGUGAUGCCAAAUAAGUGCUUUACCAUAUCCAAAACCUGUUUGGGACACACUGCCACAAAAAGAUAGAGCAGCCUCUCCAGCUCUUGACUUCCACUGAUCCUGUCUUCAGGCAAGGCCAGGGCCUCAUAAUCAGCUGUACAUUAACUGUGGACUUUGAACAUGACACAAGUUAUGAGGUUUUGCCUUAGGGGUGCUUCAGAAAUGUAGCUAAUACAUGCAAGUGUCAACAAAGUAUGAUGUAUGGAGGAAGAGAGUGUAAAAGCUUUAAAUGAUACUUUGCACCUUAAA